CUGUCGAAGAACGAUAACAAUUGUGGGAGGAUUGAGAGGAUUUUGAAGGUACAUAACAUGCAACAAACCCUUGCUCAAUUUGAAGAACAUAGAGAAAUAGUGAAGAUCAAAGCCAGCAAACUGGCCAAGAAGCAUCCUCGUUGCCUAGCCGAUGGGAAUGAACUAUUGAGGUUCCAUGGCACUACUGUUGAAUGUUCCCUUGGCAUGAAUGGUUCCUCUAGCCUCUGCACUUCCGAUAAAUGCAGCGUUUGUCGAAUUCUAAGGCAUGGUUUCUCCACCAAGAAGGAAAUCAAUGGUGGAGUUGGUGUUUUUACGACGUCCACGAGUGGAAGAGCAUUUGAAUCUGUAGAAGUUUAUGAUGAUUAUCCCUUUCUAAGGAAGGCAUUGAUAGUAUGCAGAGUCAUUGCUGGGAGGGUACAUAGACCAUUGGAGAAUAUUCACGAAAUGGCGGGUCAAGCAGGAUUCGAUUCAUUGGCUGGCAAAGUGGGUGUCUACUCCAACAUUGAAGAACUGUAUCUACUCAAUCCCAGAGCUCUCCUUCCUUGCUUUGUUGUAAUUUGCAAACUAUGA